UAUCUUAUAGCCAAGCCAAGUCAUAAGGCUUUGCGGUCUGCGCGAAUCAUGUUGUUUGAAGAUGUAUUACUCGAUAUAAUUAACUGUGCCGGCGCCCGCGCUACGCAGAGGGCUUAUCUAGCCGUUGGCCAUUCCACGCUUCGCUCACUCGAGCAUCGAACCUCGUCCGCAGGCCACGCCGUCUCGCCUUGCAUUUGUUUACUCACACGCUCGAAACGCCGGCAUGCAAUAAUCACCAUUUAAUUCUCAAACGAAAUUUCGUAUCAGAUAAAUUCAGUGCACAAUGUGGCUCAGUGUUGUUCUUUUAGUGGUUUUGUUAUCGCUUAUUGUUCUGCUUGCGAUUUUUCACUACACCACAAAUGGAAGAAAAUAUUGGCUUCAAAGAAAAGUACUUUACCGUGAACCGUGUCCCAUUUUCGGGAACUUCGGCGCUGCUCUGACCUCCCGGCGCAGUUAUGCAAAAACGUUACAAUAUUUUUAUGAGAAAUACUAUAAAGAAAAGUAUGUCGGCAUAUUUAUAGCCCGCCGGCCGACACUGAUGGUGCUGAAUAUGGAUAUAGCGAAGACUAUAUUUUCGACAGAUUUUUCAAGCUUUAGUGAUCGAGUAGCAUCAACAACGGACACCAGGCGAGAGCCUCUAUUAAGAAAUGUUUUUAAUAUGAGCGGCGCCGAGUGGAAGGCGAUGCGGCAAAUUAUUAGUCCAGCGUUCUCUUCUGCAAAAAUGAAAUGGAUGUUCCCGCUUAUAUCGGAGUGCGCACACAACCUCAGGAAUGUGUUGCUUAAUUCUCUCGGCGAGGUCGAGGUCCCUGAAGUGAUGUGUCGCUACACGACCGACGUCAUAGGAAGUUGCGCUUUCGGCGUCGACCCCGGAUCGCUGAAAGAUCCUGAAUCUCCCUUCCUCAAAAUGUCAAAGAAAAUGUUUAAAGUAGACCGAGCCACAAUUUUAAAACGCUAUUGUCGAAUAUUUUUCCCCAGAUUGUUCAAAUUGUUGAAUUUGAGGAGUUACCCUCCAGACGUUGAAGCGUUUUUUACGUCCGCUAUGAGCCAGGUGCUCCAGGAGAGGCGCUCCGGCGUCCAAAGGUGUGAUUUUCUACAGUUGAUGCUGGAUGUUCAAGAGACUGAAAAAGAGUUCGAAAUGACGGAUGCUUUAAUCACAUCUAAUUCGUUUAUAUUCAUGUUGGCGGGGCUGGAAGCAUCUUCAACUUCGUUAUCAUUUUGUUUGUAUCACCUGGCUACAGACGAAGAUCUACAGGAUCGCGUUAGGGGAGAAAUUAUAGAAUGUAUGGAAAGACAUGGCGGUUUGAGUUUUGAGGCCGUGAGCGCCAUGAAGUUGACUACACAGGUGGUUACUGAGACGUUGCGCCUGCACCCGCCGACGCCGAUGGUCACUCGCCUCUGCACCUCACCGUGUGUGCUCUCUGGCACUGACUUGAAUUUUGAACUCAGAGACUCAGUGCUGAUCCCUCUUCAGUGCAUGCAACGCGAUGCCCGAUAUUUCCCGGAUCCUGAAAAGUUUGAUCCAGAACGCUUCAACGAUCCCAAUCCUCCAGCCAUUUAUACAUUUGGAGGCGGUCCGAGAAGUUGCCCUGGGGGUCGCUUUGCGUACCUGACGCUGGUGGCGGGGCUCGCGGCUAUGCUUAGCAAGCUAGAAGUGGCGCCGAGCGCACGCACUACUCCAACAAUUAAAUACGACCCCAGGAGUGUUAUGCUGAAGAACAAGGGCGGCAUAUAUCUUGAAUUCAAAGCUUUAUAGCUAAAACCGCCUCAUAUUAAGUCUGAUAGCUUAGGUAUUUGUAUUGUGUAGUUGUAGAUGAUAACUUUACUUAAGUAAUAGGUAUGUCUAUAAUGUGUGAAAUGCGAACUUAAAGGUAAUGAGGUGGGUAUUACCCGCGUGUAAAACCAGAUAUUUAGUUAUGAUGAAUCAUUCAAUGCUCUCCGACUCGAUAUUGUAAGAAAGAGACGUAAAUCUCGUUCCCUUGUGAAAAGCUACUGUGUAUAUAAAUACUAAUGUAAUAUUUAUGUGACUUGUAUUGUGUAUUUAUAGGAUGAGAAGAAAUGAUAUUUGUAGACAAUGCGAUAAUUAUUGUAUUUUAUAAUGUACUUAAGUGUUUGUACCUACCUAAUUAUUAUUAUGUACUUGCUGACACAUAUGUUUAUAUGAUAUAAUUUAUAUUUUUUUAAAUAUGUAAUUGUAAGCACCUUUUUAAUUAUAAAACUACCGUGAGACACUGACAUAUUAAACAUGUAAAAUCGGGUAACUCACGUAAAAGCUUUCGCUUCGUAACGAGGAGCAUCGCUCGUGCUCAAUGGAAAUGCUCUUCGUUACGGAGCGAAACAUGUCGAGCGAUCUUCGACAAUUUUACGUGAGUUACCCGAUUUUACAUGUUUAAUUUGUAAGCACCGUAUUAUUUAUUUCGAUAUAAAAAAUAUAAUUUAAGUUUUUCCUCCAUGUUUAAUCUUAUAAGUAAAUGUGUAACCGAGAA